AUGACCGGCAAUCCCUUUUAUCUUGAGUGCUUCCGAAAAUUGCGAAGGGAAUGCAAAAUAAAAACUUCUGACUGCUACCGAGUUUACAUUGGCAAGGUUGAGGAAGGUAGACCCCACAAUAUUAAACCCUUCUGGUCGCAUGUGCAGGACCUCAAGAGUUCCAGUGCGCUACCUGCAAUGCAUCUGAAUGGCAGUGCAGCUGAUGAUCCAACUGAGAAGUGCAAUCUUUUUGCUCGGCAUUUUUCUUCUGUGUUUUGCAACACUGACAUCGCUGUGCCUCACUUCGACUUUGGAUGGAAUGAUUCACUCUCUUCAAUAGUGCUAUCUGCUUUCGAUGUCCAAGCUAAGCUCGAGGUUCUUGAUCCGUUUAAGAGUGCUGGCCCUGAUGGCAUUCCCCCUUGUGUACUGAGAUUUGGUGCUCCUGUUCUUGCCUCACAUUUGGCGGUAUUUUUUAAUCUGCUACUGGCCUCUGGAAAUUUUCCCUCAGUGCUGAGGCGGGGAUUCGUGGUCCCAAUCUUCAAGUCAGGAGACCGUUGCAACAUAGCUAACUUAAGACCUAUUGUUAUUCAGUCUGAUCUGGCGAAAGUCUUUCAGGCACUGGUCCUAGACCAUCUUUACUUCUAUCUAAGAAAGUUUAUAUGA